AUGGCAGAGAACCGUACCACAGUCUCGGUUCCUAACUCGGAGCAGUUCUAUCUGGAUAGUGAACAAGGAAAGAAAUACCUGAUUCAAAUAUCCUGGCCUCUGCAUUGGCUCGAUAGCAAUGAUGAGCAAGGGUCCGCGCCAAUCAUAUACACAGUGGAUGGAAAUGCUUUGUUUCUUACAGCAACCGAAUCCGCAUGGCGCCUGGGCGUGACGUCCGAGAAUACCUUCACAGGCAUCAUUGUUGCCAUCGGGUAUCCAGUGGACCGAAAGUUAUUUGAUUCAGAACGACGUAACCCCGACCUGACACCUGCCACAGGCGACCCAAAUUCCGGUUUCGGAGAGGCGGACAUCUUUCUAGACUUCAUUGAAAAUUCUGUUCGGCCCGCAGUCAAGGCUCGCUUCCCAAAGGUUUCAGUCUCACGCGAGGCACUUUUCGGGCAUUCAUAUGGCGGACUGUUUACUCUUCACGCGCUAUUUAAGCGCCCUUACUUGUUUAAUUUUUUCUUUGCAAGCAGCCCAUCGAUCUGGUGGAGUGACAAAUACAUACUCAGUGAGGCCGAGGGCUUUGUUAAGGCGGAUCAAUCUUCGAAUGGAGAAUCGCCAGCUGUGGCUGUUGCUUGGGGAGAAUUUGAACAAGAUCCACCACAACGACCAAACGAAACGCCCGAACAGUAUGAGAAAAGGAAGGCAUUCUGGAAAGACAUCUAUAUGGUGGAUAAUGCUAAAUAUCUUUGCGACAUGCUGAGAGAAUCUGAGCGGCUGCACGACCUAGAUCAGACCCAAUUUGAUGGAGAAGAUCACACAACGGUCAUGGCGGCUUCAGUCACUCGAGCGUUGAAUUUGUUCUUCCAAAAUUGGCCUCUGCCAAGAUAG